AUGAUUUAAUAAUAGUGCUUAAAUAAAUUAAAAGAUAAUAGAAUGAGAUACAACCGAGAUGCCAACAUAUAAUUAAAAUACGGAUUAGAUAUAAUAAAAUUAUUGAUUGUUAUGGAAAAAAGUCAAAGGCAAUAUCUUAAACUUAAUCAAUUCUAAUAGAUCUCUUAGUUUAAUUUUGAAAAUAAAGAAAUAAUAAUAAGUAUAAUAUAUCAUAUUUUAAGAUGGUAAAAGGAGCGAUGGAAUUACAUAAUUGAGGUUAUUUUCAUAGAGAUCUGAAACCAGUAAACUUUGUCUAUUUUGA